AUGGCAGCACAAGGUGCUUUCCGCAGGAUGCGAACCUGUGCGGUCUUGUUGGUCCUGUGUCUGACUGAAGAUCAGCAAGCCUCGGCCUCAGAGACAGCCAGAAGUUACUAUGACACUCUGAAUGUUGAGCCAACAGCCACGCACAGCCAGAUAAAAAAGUCUUUUCACAGCCUGGCAGUGAGGUACCACCCCGAUAAGAACAAGAGCGCCCAAGCUGAAACCACUUUCAGGGAGAUUGCAGAAGCCUAUGCAGUGCUCUCAGAUAAGAAGAAAAGGCGGCUGUAUGACAGUGUGGGCCAUGAAGCCUUCUUAGAAAACCAGGAGUCAUUUGAGGAUGAUGAUGAGAACAGCUUCCACUUCGGUUUCUCGGACUUCUUCCAGGAUUUCUAUGACGAUUCCAUAUCGGAUGAAUCACCCUUUCACUGGAGCUUUCUUCAGGAAGAGGAAGAGGAGGAUAUUCAAUACAAACAUUACAGUUUUGGAGAGUCUACCUUCAGCUUUUUAUUUGAUGAUGAAAAUGAGGAGGAGCAUUACUAUUAA